UUACUUUGUAACCAGCUAGUGGGCUGCUACUGCUAUUGACAGUGUGCAACUGCAGCCCGCCAGUCGGGGCAUUCCUGCAUGAAGUAUUAUCUGAGUUUUAUCGACACUGCCUACUAUAGGCUGUAGAAAAAGCUAGCCAAAUAGCCAUUUUACUGGUUGAAGUUGAAGUGUUUAUUUAUUAAUUAAAUUUUUACGUAUAAUGCAGUUGAUGCGAUGAUAACACAAGCAUUGAGCAGGAUAUUCAUACGAGCCGUCAAAACAUAAUACAAAAGUAGUGUGAAAUGCGUUCAUAAGAAGCAGGCUUUUUUUCUUGAGUUCUAUAACAACUCCUUGUUCUGUCACCAAUGUGCCCGCAUCGCCCUCGUGCGGCAAUGUUUGCCAGUCUACCGGUCGCCCCCGCUAGUACAGCAGACUAACACGCCGUGUCGCUCUCGCCUGCUGGGAUAAACUGCCAGACAGGCGGGGGGUGAAGGACACGCUGUCUACUGGUCGUCCCCGCCACUCGUUGCUAACUAGCUAUGUUUUUAUGUAGGGUUUAUCUGCAGUUCUGAUGCAUUACCGUAGUGGAGCGUCCCUGUCUUCCGCCUAUGUACUGGAGUCAUAGUUUAAAGACUGACAAUAUAAAUAUAAAGACGGGUUCCUGAAGAUGCAGGAGAGCCCACAUGCAGGAACACCCCGAAUUGCGGGCUGCAGUUGUACUCUUCUCACUGUAAUGGGUGGUCUGGUCUGUCAUUGGUCCUGGUGACGGUUUAUAACGUGAUAUGUCACCAGCGGAGUGAGGGUAGGGUGUUUUUUUCUCUCUUCAGUGACAGGAUUAUCAUCUCAGCGCUUUAACACACCGCCAAACCGCAGAUCAAAUGUCGGGAAAGGUUCUGUUCGCUAUUACAAUGUAAUAGUGCAUUGGAAUAAGAAAAACAGCUUUACCUAUACAACGGAAGGUAUUUGUAUGACGACAAGACCCCGAAGUGACAAUUCAUCGUCAAUAAUUCUGAGACCAUGAACUACGUGGGCCAGUUGGCAGGCCAGGUGUUUGUGCAGGUGAAGGAGCUGUACCGGGGCCUGAACCCGGCCACCCUGUCGGGCUGCAUCGAUGUCAUCGUGGUGCGUCAGCCUGACGGCACCCUGCAGUGCUCGCCCUUCCACGUUCGCUUCGGCAAGAUGGGUGUGCUGCGCUCCCGUGAGAAGUGUCCUCUGAUAGAACAUACUCUGUCUAUCCCUCCUAGUGGUGGUCUGUCCAUCUCCUGUCCACAGCAGACUUCUCUCUUCCCCUCUCCGAUCAGCCCAGGCGGCUCCAGCCCCUCCACUCCAAAGAGUGACUCAGAGCUGACCAAUCAGAGCAAAGACAACCCUGAGAUGAUGUGGGCCUGGGGAGAGCUGCCACAAGCUGCCAAGCCCUCCUUCUUCCCUCCGUUCCAGAUGCAAGAUUCUUUGAUGAUGUCCCCUGUCACCAUCCCUGUGUGUGACAGCACACACUUCAGAACCAUCACUGGAGACGGUGGCCCCUCUGAUCAGAUCCAGUCCCAGAGCCAAAAAGACAGCGCCCCCCCGUCCCUCACCCUGUACGUUCCACAGCCCGAGGACAACAUAGCUGGGGCCGGGUCUGGAGCAGGGUCUGGAGCAGGGUCUGGGGCCGGGUCUGGAGCAGGGUCUGGAGCAGGGUCUGGGGCCGGGUCUGGAGCAGGGUCUGGGGCCGGGACCGGGUCUGGAGCAGGGUCUGGUGCCGGGUCUGGGGCCGGGUCUGGAGCAGGGUCUGGAGCAGGGUCUGAGGCCGGGUCUUGGGCUGGGUCUGGGGCCGGGUGUGGGGCCAGGUCUUGGCCUGGAGGAGACAUGGAGGAAGUAUGGGCAGCCUGUAGAGAGGUGGAGGGACUGGUGGCCUCCAGGAUGCUGUCAGAACUGGAUGAGGGGUGCCAUAGGGACAACACGGUCAGACACACAGACUCCCCAUCUAAGAGGAAAGACAAGAGGAGCCACCACCUGGGCUCUGAUGGAAUCUACCUGGAUGACAUCACUGAGCUGGAGCCAGAUGUGGCCGCUCUCUACUUCCCCAAAAGUGACGGGGGCGGUUCGGUGAGAGGUGGCUUGGAAACGGGAGUGCGGAGUGCCAACCAAUCCCCUCAGUCGGUGGGCAGCAGUGGGAUGGACAGCGGCGUGGACAGCUACUCUGACCAGCUGGGAGACAUGCCCAACAUCGCCAUCUCCCUGUGUGGAGGUCUCACUGACAACAGAGAGAUCACAAGAGAACAGUUUGAGGAGAGAGCCAUCUCUUACCAGCAGUUCACUGAGAACCCCUCCAUCAUUGAUGAUCCCAACCUGGUUGUCAAGAUAGGAACCAAGUACUAUAACUGGACCACUGCAGCCCCUCUGAUGCUGGCUAUGCAGGUGUAUCAGAAGCCCCUGCCAAUGGCCUCAGUGGAGAACAUCAUGAAGGAGAAGAUGCCCAAGAAAGGAGGCCGCUGGUGGUUCUCGUGGCGCAGCAGGAACAGCGACUCCAAAUCGGACUCCGUGUCUGAGACAGGAGUUGGAGAUGAGGGUGACACCUCUCUCAGCAUGGCUUCAGUCAACGGAAUGAAGGAGGAGUCUUCCUCCAGUGAUGAGGACCACAGAUUGUCCAAUCAGGGCUCAGAAUCCUGCAACGCCGAGCCCCUUCUCACACCCGGUAGUGUGUGCUACAGGAAGACCCUCAGACUGACCCCAGAGCAGCUGGCCAGUCUGCAGUUGAAGGUGGGUCCUAAUGAGGUGGUGUUCAGUGUGACCACUCAGUACCAGGGCACCUGCCGCUGCCAGGGCACCAUCUACCUCUGGAGCUGGGACGACAAGAUCAUCAUCUCAGACAUUGACGGCACCAUCACCAGGUCGGACACCCUGGGCCACAUUCUUCCCACGCUGGGUAAAGACUGGACGCAUCAGGGCAUUGCCCGCCUCUACCACCGAGUCAGCCAGAAUGGUUAUAAGUUUAUGUACUGCUCAGCGAGGGCCAUAGGUAUGGCUGAUAUGACGAGGGGGUAUCUACACUGGGUCAAUGAGAGAGGAACCAUGCUGCCUAUUGGACCUGUCCUACUCAGCCCCAGCAGUCUGUUCUCAGCUCUGCACAGGGAGGUGAUAGAGAAGAAGCCUGAGAGGUUUAAGAUCCAGUGUCUGACCGACGUGAAGCAGCUGUUCUACCCCAACACUGAGCCUUUCUACGCAGCCUUCGGCAACAGAGCCACGGAUGUGUAUUCCUAUAAGGAGGUGGGCGUUCCCCUAAACAGGAUCUUCACAGUCAACCCCAAGGGAGAGCUGAUACAGGAACACGCUAAGACCAACAUCUCAUCGUAUGGUGGUCUGUGUGAGGUGGUGGACCACGUCUUUCCCCUGUUGAUCAGAGGCCACGUCUCUGACAUCUCCUGCCCUGACACCUUCAGCCAGUUCACCUACUGGAGAGAACAGCUGCCCCAGGUCCACAUCCCUGACCAGGUCCACAUCCCUGACCAGGUCCACAGCCCAGACCACCCACAGGUCCACAGCCCCAAGUCCACAGCCCCGACCAGCCCCAAGUCCACAGCGCCGACCAGCCCCUGGACAACAGCUGAGGAGACCGCACACCACAUCAGACCACCCCAGGAGUGAGCUGUGUGCAAUCACGGAAGGGAAGGGAGAGACACGCUCAAACUCAUAAUGAUGCAGGCAUGCAAAUGCAAGAAGCAUGUAUCUGCUCUAAUGCCACACACACACACAGCUAUGCAGAGGCAGACCUUGCACUAGUGAAAGUGUACGUGCUACAACAACAGGUAUGUUAGCACUGAGUGGUAUUUAUAUGUAGUCAUCAUUUAUAUUUAUGUUUUACUCUUCAGUGUUGUUUUCUCUGCAUUACCUAGCCUACUCAUACAUGGCCUACUGUUCAUCAGGUGAAAUAGGUACAUUAUCUAGCCUACUCAUACACGGCCUAAUGUUCAUCAGGUGAAAUAGGUACAUUACCUAGCCUAGUCAUACAGAGCCUACUGUUCAUCAGGUGAAAUAGGUACAUUACCUAGCCUAGUCAUACAGAGCCUACUGUUCAUCAGGUGAAAUAGGUACAUUACCUAGCCUAGUCAUACAGAGCCUACUGUUCAUCAGGUGAAAUACAGUGCCUUGCAAAAGUAUUCACCCACCUUGGCGUUUUUCCUAUUUUGUUGCAUUACAACGUGUAAUUUAAAUGUAUUUUUAUUUGGAUUUAAUGUAAUGGACAUACACAAAAUGGUGAAGUGAAAUGAAAAAAACUACUUGUUUAAGAAAAGUGUGCUAUGAAGCCCCUAAAUAAGAUCUGGUGCAACCAAUUACCUUCAGAAGUCCCAUAAUUAGUUAAAUAAAGUCCACCUGUGUGCAAUCUAAGUAUCACAUGAUCUGUCACAUGAUCUCAGUAUAUAUACACCUGUUCUGAAAGGCCCCAGAGUCUGCAACAACACUAAUCAAGGGGCACCACCAAGCAAGCGGCACCAUGAAGACCAAGGAGCUCUCCAAACAGGUCAGGGAUGAAGUUGUGGAGAAGAAGUACAGAUCAGGGUUGGGUUAUAAAAAAAUAUCCAACAUUUUGAACAUCCCACUGAGCACCAUUAAAUUCAUUAUUAAAGAAUGGAAAGGAUAUGGCACCACAACAAACCAAGAGAGGGCCGCCCACCAAAACUCACGGGCCAGGCAAGGAGGGCAUUAAUCAGAGAGGCAACAGAGAGACCAAAGAUAACCCUGAAGGAGCUGCAAAGCUCCAUAGUGGAUAUUGGAGUAUCUGUCCAUAGAACCACUUUAAGCCGUACACUCCACAGAGCUGGGCUUUACAGAAGAGUGGCCAGAAAAAAAGCCAUUGCUUAAAAAAAAAAUAAGCAAACAUGUUUGUUGUUCAACAAAAGGCAUGUGGGAGACUCCCCAAACAUAUGGAAGUAGAAACUCUGGUCAGAUGAGACUAAAAUUUAGCUCUUUGGCCAUCAAGGAAAACACUAUGUCUGGGGCAAACCCAACCCCCUCAUCACCCCGAGAACCCCAUCCCCACAGUAAAGCAUGGUGUGUGGAUGUUUUUCCAUCGGCAGGGACUGGGUAACUGGUCAGAAUUGAAGGAAUGAUGGAUAGCGCUAAAUACAGGGAAAUUCUUGAGGGAAACCUCUUUCAGUCUUCCAGAGAUUUGAGACUGGUUCACCUUCCAGCAGGACAAUGAGUGAAUAGUUAUGCACGCUCAAGUUUUCAGUUUUCUUGUCUUAUUUCUUGUUUGUUUCACAAUUAAAAAUAUUUAGCAUCUUCAAGUGGUAGGCAUGUUGUGUAAAUCAAAUGAUACAAACACCCAAAAAAUCUAUUUUAAUUCCAGGUUGUAUGGCAACAAAAUAGGAUUAAUUGCCAAGGGGGUGAUUACUUUCGCAAGCCACUGUAGGUACUACUUUUAGGCAAAAGAAGCACUGAUUCAGUUGCCUGAUGACUCAAACUGAAUUAUUCCUCUGCUCUAUGUUCUCUACAUACUUCAGUCUCAGACGACUGCCAUCGUUGAAAUAACUUGUGGUGACGUCAAAAUGAGGGGUGUUGUACAAAACAAAGUAAUCAGCAAUUGGAUCAUCUCUAACCAGAGUAUCAAAGCCAAUAACAAAUUUUUAAAACACCGCUUUACCCACGUGUGUUCUUGCUCUGGCCCAACCCAUCGGUUUCUGGGACCAAUCAGAAUGGUUCAAAUGUGAUUGAGUUCUAGAAAUUGUCAGGAAGGUACUCAGAUCCAGACUCAUUGCAGAGAAGAAACUAACGGUGUGGCGAAGCGUUUAGCCAGAGCAAGGAGUUUGGGUAACCAGACAACUGAUAAAAGUACAGACUACCUGGAGAAAUCACUGUGAAGUACAGUCUACCUGGAAAAAAAAAUAGUAGAAAAGUUAGUAGAGCCUAACAUUGAAACAGCUGAGUUUCACCCAGAUAACGUUGUCUGAAUAAUGGCAUUACUUUUGAUUGAAUCUCCUACAUUUUCAGAUCUAAUGUUCACAUACAUUUUAAGCGCUAAUGUUCACAUACAUUUUAGGCGCUAAUGUAAUAAAUGCUCAGCAAUACAAUAUUAUCAUUAACUUGCAAUGAAAAUAUUAUAGGACAUGACGAUAAUUCAGUUCACCUGUGAGCUCCAAACUUGUCAUUAUAAUUGAUAUAUAUACCAUGGUUAAGGGCUGUUCUUAUGCACUACGCAAGGCGGAGAGCUCCGAUACAGCCCUUACCUUUGGUUUAUUGGCCGUAUACCACAAACCCCCGAGGUGCCUUAUUGCUGUUAUAAACUGGUUAGCAACGUAAUUAGAGCAGUAAAAAUAAAAUGUUUUGUCAUACACGUGGAAUAAGGUCUGAUAUACCAUGGCUGUCAGCCAAUCAGCAUUCAGGGCUCAAACCACCCAGUUUAUAAGAAGUUUUAAAUCAUGUUUCCUUUUGGGUUCCAUGUAGAACCCUUUCCACAGAGGGUUGUACCUGAAACCAAGCAUGGUUCUAUCUGGAACCAAAAGGGGUUCUUCAAAGGGUUCUCCUAUGGGGACAGCCGAAGAACCCUUUUUGGUUCUAGAUAGCACUUUUUUUCUAAGAGUGUAGUAGCAUUCCAUAUUAGGGUUUUAUUCUUCAGUUUCUUGUCUUGUUCUAUGUAAGGUAAAUAUGUUACUGAUCAACUGAACUAAACCUGGUAACUAUUGUAGCUCUUCAGUUUAUUAACAAGGCACAGGGGGGGGGGGGGGGUUCCUCUCUCAUUGAUGUCUCACACCCAUAGUCAUCAAUAGUCCUUUAAUGCUAAUUUAACACUUCAGAAUAGACAUCUAAAACUGGCAUUACUCUGAUAAUAAGCAACGCAGGGAAACUCAGGUUGUUUCACUCUGUUUCUAUGGACAAUGACACAUAACAUAUCAUAUUCUCACUGCGUGCACUGUGCAGGGAGAUUGUCUUGGCUACCAGUAUGGUCACUGAAUAGCCUACUAGUCCUGUCGCAUCAGUCAGGUGUGUGACGGAGCUCUUUUUGGGGGGAGUAUUAUGUUGCAGACAAUAGAAAACGUAUCAUUUGCUUUGGUUGUCCAUCAUCUUAAACUCUUAACUGCGAGAUGAGAGAAAACUACUAAUUUAUUAACUAUUUCAUGAAUCUAUCAUUUUUAAGAAGCAGCUUGUGAACACGCUUGUAUUUGGCCUUUGAUUUUAUAUAUUGUGUUUAUGUGAUUGAAUAUGAACAGAGUAUUGGUGUUUAUUCUCACUUUUGUAUAUAGUGCAAUGUUUUUUAGUGAUCUAAUUCAGAAACAUUGAUCUUGUCAGUCAUUGGCUGGCUUCUGGACUACAGUAGUUUGAUCUAAAAUGGCUAACAACAUUUUGCAUUGACUUCAGUGUCCACUGAAGCAAAGCCAUUGAGGAGUUCUACAACAGUAAAAAUGCAAUAUUCUACUCAAUUCUAGAAUCUAUUACUAAGAUACAAAUAACUUUAUAGAUUACAACACUGAUGUCCCUUGUAAUUUCAGCCAUUAGAAUUCCCAAUAUCCCUGAAUAUUCUAAACCUCCUCAAAGGGUUAAGAGUAAAAAGCACCGUCAGUCCAUCUUAUCUCUGUUGUUAUCAGAGCAGGUGGCAGUAUGUUUCUAGGAGUGGCAGCCAUGUAAUGUGUAUCUAAUGUGUAUAUGGUGCAAUUUCCAAUGUUAUCCUGUAUGUAGUAUGGAUGAGUUCAACAACUAAAAUGCAAGACGUCCUGUACUACCUGAAUGAAUACUAACACUGUGGUAUCUCUCUCUUUUUCGUUUGAUCAUAUUGAUGACCAAUACAAACCUGAUCACAUCACCGUGAAGGAGAGAAGGUUCUCACUGUCCCUAUGGACCAUAUUGAUUUAAAUAAGUUUGAAUUUCUUGGCAAGAUGUCUUUCAUGGGCUGGUUGAAACAUCCAUUGCCAUUCCUGUAGUUAUGGGUUUCUAGGAUGAAUUUAAAUAGAGGUAUUUCAGAAUAUUGAGACAGAGACGAACGUGAGCUGUUGGACUCGCCAUCAACCUAAGAGGUGUGUUGGUAUUUGGAGGAGCCGUAACGGAUGGAUGAAAGCAUGGAUAGAUGGAUGAGUGAAAGGAGGCAUGUGAUGUCACUGUUGUGUUGUGUUCACUUGUCUUGUCCUGUGUGUCUUUGGUUCCUCUUGUCUCCUAAAUGUAUUGUCACACAAUUUGUUCCAAGUAUGUUGAAUUACUACUGUGUAUUCUGGUUAAGCAGACUGACUGUUCUUUCUGUGAAAGAUACAUAUGAACUUGGUAUGUAUGUCCUCUUUGGUUUUGUUUCUAAGAUGUACAGAAUCCAUUUCUCUAGAGCACUGUGUCAUGUUGUAUAGCUAAACAAUCGGGUUUAAAAAUAACUGUAUAUUGAAAAUAAUGAUUUCAAUAAAUGCAAAGAUGAUUGUUGA